AUGAUAAAGGAUCAAGUAAAGGUGCACCUCAAAAACCUCAGCUUGGCACAAGCUUCUCAAAGUUAUACUUCGGUUUCAACUCUUAAGCUCUCCUGGGUAUCCAAUGUGCAUAUCGGACCUUGCCAGAAUUAUGAUCUCACAGCCGUAAUCGAAGACUUGCUUAUCCCUUUAACGUCAAAUAGAGCUAAAAGAAGACAAGCGAAAAAGGAGAAACAGGACAAGAAGAGCCAUUUGUUUGGAUACCACGAUAUGAAUGACCUCGUCGAGAAAAACAAUAAGGGCGAGAUCUCUCAUUUCUUCCAAUAUGUUUACGGGAUAAAAACGACUAAAAAGUCAACAACCACGACAACAACAACCACUACGAGCAGCGAAAAAACAACCACGAUAGAUCAGACCACAACGGAACAAACCACAACGGAGCAAACAACAACAUCAGCCGAGACAACGACCGUUCAGACAACAACUUCAAUCGACGAUGUUAAAACUACGACAGAAGACAUCAGGUUUUUGUCUGCAGCGGAAAAGAAAAAACGGAGAAAAGCACAGCGAAUGAAGGCAAAGCAAGAGCGAGAAGCAGCUUCGACUUCUCGACCAGCGACGACGCCAAAGUCAAAAGGUGUCUACAGCAAUCUCUCCGACACCGUGAACGAAGUCCAGAACUAG